AUGAGAAAUACUGAUGACCGGCGGUCGCGAUCACCGGCAACCCGACGAAAUGGUGCGCUGCAGUCGUGUGAGCCCUGUCGCCGGUCAAAACAGCGAUGCGACCAUGAGCGACCCGUCUGUCGCCGAUGUGCCGCCAAGCGAAUGAGCGACAAAUGUUUCUACCACCCAGCCCCGAUGACCAGACGGAGGUCUUUACAAAAUACCAAUCCGGCAAUAACAGUCUCUAACCGGUUUGCAAGCCAGCCAACUUCCAAUGCUUCGAGCCCGGGAUCUUUGAGCGGUGGUCGCACUUUUAUAGCACCAGAGCACCCAUCUUGUCUCCCCGGUUAUCUGGGAUCCACGAGCUUUACUGCAGUCCUGACAGAGCAUCGUGAUGAAAUCCCCUUUGAACCAGAAGAGAGCUCGGAUUCCUACCCUAUCGUAUUGGUGGAGCCCGAGCGGGCCCAGUCCGGGGCAGAUGUACUGCUGUUCCUCUACAGCCUUAGUUUCCGGCAAAAAUUGGUUGACAAAUUUUAUAGCCGAUCAUGGAAUGCCGUUGUGCCUAAGAUUGUGUUGGAAGCUAUCCUUGACUCGAUCAAAGAGAUUUUUGAUGGGUUUAAUCCCAAUGAUCUCAUGCCCCAGUUGCAGAACCUAGCUACACAGAUAUUCCAAAAUUCAUCGCGGGCGAUGAAAACUUAUCCGUCGAUGACCGUUAAGGAGUACCUUGCCUCAUUCACUGGACGGAACCUUCGUUGGGAGGCCAUAGCCAACAUUUUUUCUGUGUGCGGACAGCAGCUUGUGAUCACACCGGAUAAUGAUCCCGAGGUUUCGCAGGGACAUGAGGAUCCGCAGGUAAAGGAGCGGCUCCUAGAGCAGGUGAUAGGAGCCAGCAACGUUUGCCUGAGCUUCUGUGACCAGGCUUCUUCCGCCAAUGAGUUGCUAGCGUAUCUGCAAUACAACGAUGUAAUGCUCCAAACGCAGCAAUAUGGGGACUCAAGUUACCAAGCGUGGCGUCGACUGGGUGAUUUGGUCGCUACGAUAUAUGCGGCAGGACUCCAUCUUGAUACAGAUAGUGCCGAGAACAGUCCCUUUUUCCUCCGCCAAUGGCGAAGAAUGGCAUUCAUCUCGGCUUUUUACAUGGACAAGAUGAUGGCAACAUUCGUUGGUCGGCCACCUCUCAUGAACUAUCGAUACUGCACCUUGGCCCCUCCGCUGGAUCUGAGCGACGAAGUUCUUGUUGCAGGGGGAGACGUUCUUGCCCAAGCAAUAUCGGAGCUUGACAGUAAUGGCUGGAAUACGCAGGGGGCUCGACAUCGCAUGUCACCCUCACGGGUGCGAUUCCUUUUGGCCAUCGCGAGAGAGCGAACCCUUGAUAUCGCAUUAGGAAAUUCUGAAAGCCAAGAUCUUGUCCGCAAAUCACAUGAAAUCGAAGAAAGUGUGCGCGUGGUGUGGGCCGCAACGCCUGAUCAUCUUCGAUACGACCGUCAGCCGAAUAAUGAUGGACUUCGAUUCGAUCGUCAACCGAACAAGGAUUUCCAUCAUGGAUGGCUGACAAUCGUCUACCUUUAUCUUAGCUACCUUUAUACAUGCUUCCUCCUGCAACGAGCUCUAAUCAAACACACAAACACCGGACAUGCAGCUCUCUGUGAUGUAUCUCGCCGAGUCCUCGCCAUUGUCAUCAGCAUCACCUCUCAACGAAAUCCCAUGGUGGAUCUUGACAGGCAUUAUUCUUGGAUUGCUCUCACAUAUGGCCUUCCAAGUGCCAGCGUUCUUCUCGUCGAACUCCUGCACCAAUCUCACGAACCUGGUCCCCAUCCCGUUCCCCUCCCGCGCGCUGAAUUAAUCCGCAACAUUAGUGUCUUCGUCUCAUUACUGUCUUGGGUAUCACGGCCUGGUCAUGGAAAUUACCAUACCUGCAAAGAAGCGGAAAAGAAGUUGUCUCGUAUCUUAGACCAAUUGUUGGACCCCCAGCCCGUGCAGGCAGACAUGGUACACGACGUGACUUCCGGCCUGUCGAGCUUUUUGGAUUGGUCGAACUACAACACUUGGGAUUUUACCGAGUAUUUCCCUGGCGGCGGGGGAUUCGCGCCCUGA